AUGACUAAAGUUCAUAGUUUCUUCAUACCUGAAAUUGGAUAUUUAGUUGAUAUACAUGGAUUAAUUAAAUAUUUAGGAGAAAAGAUUUCGGUCGGUAAUGUAUGCCUUUACCGUAAUGGACGUGGAAAAGAGUUUUCAAAAUUGAUAAAAGGUCAUACUAUGAUAAUUUAUGAUCAAGAAGAUGAUAUUAUGGAAAUAUCUGAUUAUUAUGAUUUUAGAUCUAGCUAUUCUGAUCUGGAUAUUGAUGAUGAUAACGAUGAUGAGGAUGAAUUACCAAAAAGGAACAUGAUAUAUCAAGAUAAAAUGGAAUUAGUGUUGCCUUCAGGUGCACGUAUUGGUCAUCGCUCCUUGGCAAGAUAUUAUAAACAAAAUCUCCGUAAUAGAGAGGGAAAUAAUGACGUUUCAAUAAUUAAAAAAUUGAUAACUCAUUAUGCCAAUAGUAUGGGUUACUCACAACAAUCUGGAGGUGUGUUAAUCACACAUGAUGGUGAAAAAAAUUUUAAAAUUCUUCAACGAAAUAAAUAUCAAGAUAAAAGACGUCAACAGAAUUUUGAUACACGCAUUGGAGUCAAAGCAAAUAAAUUACAACGGUAUUUUAGACCACAAAUUAUGUAA